AAUGGUUCCAAUUAUCUGGAUUAGUUUUCCACCGACUGGAAAACCCCUUGGAAAUAAAUGAGAACCGUAAAUCAGUUAUAACUGAAGGUUGUUUUUGAUUGUUCUGUCAUAAGCUUAUGAUCGGUGGCUGCUAUCAGUCUAGGCUUUAUUAUAGAUUCACUCUGGUAUUAUAAUUUUCUGUCCCACUCAAAAGAGUUUUGACACCAUUGGUUAUUGUGAAGGAUUCUGUGCUAUUAAACCACACAAGAUAGUAAGAUGGGCGCACACAGCUUGCUUUGACUUAGUGUGAUAAAUGAUUGUCAUGAGCUGUAUUUGGUGAACAAACUUCGGAAACCCCCUGGUUGCUGCCUCCGAGUGAAAACAAAAGUGAAAAUAAAAGCAGCGCAAUUCAAGGCUGCAGAAGCAAAUGGGAGAUCGUGAUAUACAGAGGUCUCCGUGUGUUUGCUUAAAAAAAAAAUCUAAAGCUGUUUUUGCAGAAAAGAUGUGAUCAGACAGGAACAUGCCCUGGAUCACAUGAUACUUCAUUAAUGGAAAACUACAUUACUGCCAGUGUGUAAUGCAUCCUAAGCAAACAAUAUUUUCAAGACCUGGAAAUUUUAGCCAGAAGAAGCUACAGUUUUUUCUUUUGUUCUAGAGAGGAUCUUUCGAUACAUGCAUUUGCAAUGGCUAGUCUCUGUAGAUUAUGUUCUUUGGUAUUAGUGCUGCAGCUAUUACACAUUUAUUCUCUGGGAGUUUAUGGAUUUAAACAUCAAACAGGUAAAGACAAUGUAACUUCCCCUACCAAUGGCAAGCUAUUUCCUUGGAAUAAGAUGAGGCUUCCUGAUACGGUAGUCCCAAUCCAAUAUGACCUGUGUGUUCACCCUAAUCUUACUACUGUACAUUUUACUGGACUGGAGAGGAUAGAGAUCUUUGUGAGAGAGAAUACUAGAUUUAUCGUCUUGCACAGCAAAGGCCUUGAAAUCACCAGUGCAGUUCUUCUGCCCAAAGAUGACUUGGGGUCCAGUAAACCAGGAAAACAGCUUCAAGUUUUAGAACAUCCUGCACAUGACCAAAUUGCCCUGCAGGCUCCUGAAAUAUUAACAGCUGGCCAGAGGUUCCUGGUUGUCAUAGAGUUUCAUGGAAGACUGGCAGAUGGCUUUGAUGGAUUUUACAAAAGUACUUACAAAACUCGUGAUGGGGAAACAAGGAUAAUAGCUACUACAGAUUUUGAGCCUACCUCAGCAAGAAUGGCUUUUCCAUGCUUCGAUGAACCAUCUUUCAAAGCCAACUUUGCCAUCACGAUAAGGAGAGAAAGAAAACAUAUUGCAUUAUCCAACAUGCCAAAGAUUAAAACAAUUGAACUCGAAGGAGGCCUGUUGGAAGAUCAUUUUGAUGUGACUGUGAAAAUGAGCACUUACCUUGUAGCCUACAUAGUUUGUGAUUUUAAGUCUGUGCAGGCCACAACAUCAUCAGGAAUCAAGGUAUCCAUCUACGCAUCACCUGACAAAUGGAGCCAGACACAUUAUGCCUUAGAAGCAGCAGUGAAACUACUGGAAUUUUAUGAGAAGUACUUUGAUAUUAGCUUUCCCUUACCAAAACUGCAUCUUGUUGCUAUCCCUGAUUUCCAGUCAGGAGCCAUGGAAAACUGGGGUCUCAUCACAUAUAGAGAGACUUCACUGCUCUAUGAUCCCAAGACCUCCUCAGCAUUCGACAAACUGUGGGUCACAAAGGUGAUAGGCCAUGAAUUAGCACAUCAGUGGUUUGGUAAUCUGGUUACUAUGGAAUGGUGGAAUGACAUUUGGCUAAAUGAAGGUUUUGCCAGAUUCAUGGAAUUGGUUUCUGUUAGUGCUACGUACUCAGAGCUGCAAAUUGAGGAUUACUUUCUGAAUGUAUGUUUUGGUGCAAUUGCAAGGGAUUCAUUAAAUUCAUCUCAUCCCAUCUCCAACCCAGCAGAAACUCCUACUCAAAUAAAGGAAAUGUUUGAUACUGUGUCCUAUGACAAGGGAGCUUGUAUUUUGAAGAUGCUCCAAGAUUUCCUAUCUGAGGCGGUGUUCCAGAAAGGAAUAAUUCACUACUUGAAGAAGUACAGCUAUAGGAAUGCAAAGAAUAAUGAUUUGUGGAACAGCAUGGCCAAUACUUGCUUUGAAAGUGACUUCUCUUCUGGCAACUUUUGCUAUACAGCUUUCAGGCCUCUUAGCAGCACAUUCAGUCAUAUGUGGAAACUUACGGAGAUUGAAGAGAUGAUGAACACUUGGACACUUCAGAAAGGGAUCCCGCUGGUUCUUGUUAAAUGUGAAGGGAACACCUUAGGAUUGCGACAGGUGCGCUUCCUUAAGGGUGUUUAUGAAGAAGACCCUGAAUGGGCUAACUUGCAGUCAAGGUAUUUUUGGCAUAUCCCACUCACAUACGUCACCAGCAGCUCCAACACUGUUCACAGACACAUAUUAAAAACUAAAACAGACACACUAGAACUGGAGGGAGAGGUCGCCUGGGUGAAAUUCAAUGUGGACAUGAAUGGCUAUUACAUUGUGCACUAUGAAGAGAAUGGGUGGGACAACAUCAUUGAAGUGUUGGAUCAGAACCACACCCUUUUCAGCCACAAGGACCGAGUGAACUUGAUCCACAAUGCAUUUCAACUGGUCAGUGCAGGAAGGUUAUCGCUGGACACAGCCCUUGAUCUGACACGAUAUCUCCGACGUGAAUCCAAUAAUGUAGUACUUCUGCAAGGCCUGGGCUACCUGGAAAUGUUCUACCACAUGAUGGAGAGAAGAAAUAUUUCUGAUGUCACAGAAAACCUAAAGAGGUACAUCCUGCAGCAUUUUAAGCUGGUGAUUGACAGGCAAACAUGGAGCGAUGAGGGCUCAGUCUCUGACAGAAUACUUCGUUCUGAUCUCCUCAGGCUUGCGUGUGAGCUACAAUAUCCUCCUUGUAUCCAGAAGGCAAAUGAGCUUUUCAGCAAGUGGAUGGGAUCUGGUGGGAUGUUAAACCUUCCAGCAGAUGUUCUGAAGACAGUCUACUCAGUUGGAGCACAGAAAAUAGCAGGGUGGAAUUAUCUACUGAAGCAGUAUAGCCUCUCGAUGUCAGGUGCAGAAAAGAACAAAAUUCUCUAUGCUUUGACAACCAGCAAGGACUGUGAAAAACUGACAAAGUUAAUUGAGCUGGGCAUGGAAGGUGAGGUUAUCAAAACUCAGGAUCUAGCAGCUCUUCUCCAUGCUGUUGCCAGAAAUCCAGAGGGACAGGGGCUUGCUUGGAAUUUUGUCAGAAAAAACUGGAACAAACUUCUGAAAAAAUUUGAAUUAGCCUCUUUUUCUAUAAGAACUAUUAUUGUUGGCACUACAUCUCACUUUUCCUCCAAAGACAAGCUAGAAGAGGUGAAACACUUCUUUAGGUCUCUGGAGGACCAAGGAUCACAGCUAAAAAUCACUGAAGUUGUGCUGGAAACCAUAACAAAAAAUAUUAGAUGGCUGAAGAGGAAACUCAAUACUUUAAGGAACUGGCUGCUAAAUAAUCUUUAAUGCACACUGCAAAGCAGAGAGGAUUUCAGUUUGAUUAACGGUUCCCUUUCACUCCCCACUGUGGUGAUACAUAUUUGGGGAGUUUGCCAUCCAUCGCACAGUAUAGAUAUGUUGACAACCUCAAAUAUGUACAGAACGUUUUUUACUGAUCCAGUACUGGCUAAGGAAAGAGGAUCUAUUGUGAAGUCUGUGAACUGUUUCAGUAAUCUGUCUCAAUGUAAUGCUGUACAUACCCAUCUAAUGAUAGGUACAUGGGUACAAAGAUGGAGUACAGAAUUUUUCCAUGCCUUUUUUUCUUACUGUUUGUUGGAAUUAUUAUUUGGGUUUUUUAUGAUUUCUGGCCACAGGCGACAUGAAUAACCCACUUACUAAUAGUUUCUCUCUUGUUAGGUUUAGGUUGAAUUAUUUAAUCAGAAAGAGUGAGGAAUUUAGAACAAACAAGACACUUCCUCCAGACAGAGAGGCAGCAUAGUCUAGUGGCUA